AUGUCCUCCCGGGCAGGCGGUGCUUCCUCGCCCUGUCCCCGAUACUCCCCCUCGCAUGGAGGCCGUUAUAAACGCGGCGCGGCGCCUGGGAGACGGGAAACGACGCCGGGGACAAGUUAUCCUCGAGGCUUUAAGUCCCCACCGGCCAUGAACGCGUGGCUGCCCAGGCUGCUCUUGCUGGCGCUCGCGGCGGCCAGCCGGGGAGGGGGCCUGGCGGCGCCUCCACCGCCCCCGACGCCCGUCAGCGCGCAGUGCCUGAACGCCGCCUGCUUCGCGCUGUUCUGGGAGGCGCGGAGCUCCGCGGAGGCGGGCGGCGUGUGCCAGGGCGGAGGCGGCCACCUCAUGACGGUGCGCUCCACGGUGGCGGCCGAGGCCACCGAGCUGCUGCUGCGCGGCCGGGCGGGCGCGGCGUGGCUGGGCUUGCGCCUGCCCGAGGGCUCCUGCGCCGAGCCGGCGAAGCAGCUGCGCGGCUUCCGCUGGGUGACGGGCGACGAGAACACGGACUACGAGGCUUGGGCCCGCACGAACGGCACCGGCGUGUGCGGGCCCCUGUGCGCCGUGGUGACCCAAGAGCUGAAGUGGCAGGAGCGCGCCUGUGAUGCGCCCGCCGACGGGUUCUUCUGCGAGUACAGCUAUCCGGGCGGGAUGUGCGUCCCGCUGCGCCUCCCGCCGUCGGCCACGGCCUCCUACCUCACCCCCUUCGGGGCUCGGGAGAGUGACCUCGUGGCCUUUCCUCCAGGCACCACCGCGGAGGUGCCAAGCGUGGCCGUCCGCCUGGCGUGCGGAGCGCGCGGCGGCGGCAGCAGCAGCAAUUCCUCCGUGGCCUGGCGCGCCGCCGGGCCUGGCGCCUGGGACUGCGGGCUGGAGAACGGCGGUUGUGAGGGGCGCUGCGACCCGGACGGCGCAGGGCGAUUCUCCUGCACGUGCGGGGAGGGCGCGACGCUGUUAGAGGAGGAUCAGCGGAGCUGCAGCUCGUCGUGCGCCAGCUUGGGAUGCCAGCAGCAUUGCGAUUCCGGCGUCUGCGUGUGUUCCGAGGGCUACGUGCUAGACGCGGAUGGCAGGAGCUGCAAGGACGUGGAUGACUGCAAGGCCCACCCGAGCCCUUGUGAGCAGGACUGUGUGAACACGCAGGGGAGCUUUGAGUGCCGGUGCUGGAGCGGCUACGCACCAGUAGACGGCAAAUGCCUGGAUGAGAAGGAGGGAUGCUUUUUCUUAACGUGCCAGUAUGAUUGCGCGUUUGUUAAUGGGAAAUAUCAGUGCAUCUGCGAUGAAGGGUUUGUUCCAGACCGUAGAAAGCCUGAAAACUGUGUCAGGUUCUGUAACCAAACCGAAUGCCCUGCAGACUGUGACCCCAGAAUUGAUGAAGAAUGUUACUGUCCGGAUGGCUAUAUUGUGGAUUAUAAAGACGAUGACACAAUUGUUUGUGCAGACGUGGAUGAGUGUGAGAGUGGACACUGUGGUGAUCUGGAGUGUAUAGAUGAGCCAGGCGGUUAUCACUGCAUCUGCCCCGACAAGCUUCCUGUCCAAGAUGAAAAGUUGUGUGUGGCUAUGCCUGAACUGCCGUUUCCUAGUCCUUCCCCACCAAAGACUAGCAGCCCUUCCCCACCAAAGACAAGCAGCCCUUCCCCACCAAAGACUAGCAGCAGCCAUGCGAUGCUGGUUGCAAUCUCUGUUAGUGGCUCGUUAAUGGUUUUAGGGCUAGUAGCUAUUCUGUGCUACUUCACGAAGAAGCACCACAGGGCGCAGACCAGAACGGAUUUCAAAUGCCAACAAUCUGAGGCUGGUGUGGUGCUGCAGCAGGUUAGCCCAGGACAGAAACUGUAGGAGACCCAUUUGGAGGGGUGAAGUGGUGAUGGGGUGGGUGAGGUGGGGAAGGGAUGCAUUAUUUGUUUAUAACCAGGUGGCAAUGCACCCCCAGUUUGUAUCCCUAGAACUGUAUCAUGGGCUCCCAUGGGCUUUUUUGUGAACUGUGGUCCCAGUGUUGCUCCACCUUCUUGGAUAACAGCUAAUAAACGUUACAAUAAAACUUGGUUCAACAUGAUGACACUGUUCAUUUAAUUAACACAGGCCCAAUUGAAUAAUCUUUGGAUUUUUGAUAGUAUAUGAUUCUUCUAAAAACCUGGGGGUGAGUGAGAAAGUUCUUUUUCAUCAGCUGUUUUGAUUGAAAAGAUUUAUUUAUUUAUUUAUUUAUUUAUUUAUGGAAAAUAUAUAAUUGUAAAUUAAUUUUGCCACCCACUAUGGAUAAUAAUAUCCAUGUGUACAAUAUAAAGUUUGCAGUAUAAAAAACUCUUGCAUUUCAAUACCUGAAUGUCUCUUGCAUCCAUGAAUUUAUCUGGCUGAUUUCAUGGAAUCAUCUGCCACUCCACACAUUUUC